AUGAGUGACACCGAGGUAGAGGACGGCCUUGAUCUCCAGCAAACGCGGUCGGGCUGGUCCAUCGCCGAAAGCCUCUCCCCACUACGGGAAACGGUCUUCAUCUUCGUGAUAUGCAUGGCCCAAUUCAUGACCCAGGCCGGGCUGGGUAGCCAACUGGCCCCGCUGACCAUCAUCGGGGACUCCUUCCACAUCACCGACAGCGGCAUCCUCAGCUGGUUCAUCGCGGGCUACUCCCUGACAGUGGGCACCUUCAUCCUCUUCUUCGGCCGCUGCGGCGACUGCUUCGGCUACCACACCAUGUUCGUGAUCGGCUUCGUCUGGUUCGGCGUCUGGUCCAUGGUCGCCGGCGUCAGCGUCUACAGCAACUACGUGCUGUUCAUCUUCGCGCGCACCGCGCAAGGUCUCGGACCCGCGAUGCUCCUCCCGAACGGCCUGGCGAUUCUGGGAGCGACGUACCGCCCCAGCCCGAAGAAGGACAUGAUCUUUGCCAUCUUCGGCGCGACGGCCCCCAACGGCGCCAUCAUCGGGGCCAUCUUCGCGGCGCUCUUCAGCCAGCUCGCCUGGUGGCCGUGGACGUUCUGGGCGAAUGCGAUUGUCUGCCUAAUCCUGGCCGCGCUGGGGUGGGCCGUGAUCCCGCGCAUCCACCACGAGCGCGAGAAGCACGGCAUGACUCUUGUCGAGUGGAUGCAGGAGCUGGACGUCGUGGGGGCGUGUCUGGGUGUCGGGGGUCUGAUUCUCGUCAAUGUGGCGUGGAACCAGGCGCCCAUCGUCGGCUGGCCGACGGCGUAUGUGUACGUGCUGCUGAUUAUCGGGCUGGUUCUGCUAGGGCUUUUCUUCGCGUGGGAGCUGCGCGUCGCGAGCAAACCGCUCAUCCCGUUCCAUGCGUUGACGCUGGACGUGUCCUUCGUGCUGGGCUGCGUCGCAUGCGGCUGGGCCAGCUUCGGCAUCUGGACGUACUACCUCUGGUUGUUCCUGGAGCAUGUCCGCGGUAAGACACCGUUGAUGGCCGCGGCGCAGUUUGUGCCGCCCGGGGUCUCGGGGCUGCUGGCUUCGUUCACGACAGGGUAUUUGAUGAGUCGGAUCCGGCCGGGGUGGAUCAUGCUGUUUGCCAUGGUGGCGUUCACGCUGGGGAAUAUCUUUGUUGCGAUUGCGCCGGUGCAUCAGACGUACUGGGCGCUGACCUUUGUUUCGUUGGUGGUCAUGCCGUGGGGCAUGGACAUGUCGUUUCCCGCGAGCACAGUGCUGCUGUCGAAUGCGGUCGAGCGCCGGCAUCAGGGUAUUGCGGCUUCCUUGGUCACGACGGUGGUCAACUAUAGUAUCUCGCUGGGACUGGGGUUUGCGGGGACGGUCGAGGUACAUGUCAACCAUGGCGGAAAGACGUUCCAUGAUAGACUACUGGGAUAUCGCGGCGCGCUGUACAUGGGGAUUGGACUGGGAGGGCUGGGAGUGGCCGUGAGUGUGAUUUAUCUGGUCAAGAGUAUCUUGGAAAAGGAGCCACAGGGAGAAGAAAGUAAAUAG